CCAGGGGCGUUGGCGGGCCGAGGCCCUCACGUGAGCCCAACCUCUAGCCCUCCUCCAUCAUCCCUCCUCCUCCUGCUCCUCCCAACUGCCCCCGUGGCCUGUCGAAAUAAAGAGAAUGAGGAGUCCAUCUCUUCUCAGUAGAACUGCAGCCUCCAAUAUAGAGCAUCAGAGGCGCAUCCUGAUGACCAACAUUUUGUGAAGCAGAAAUUGGAAUCUCGCCUUUUCAUCAUGGGGUCGUUCCUAGUUGAGUGAAACUCUGGUUCCCUGACUCCUGAAGAAAUCACCCAUAUUAACCGACCGAUUGACGAGCAACUAAACCAUGCCCAAGCUGUUUUGCAAGGUGUGCAUUUCCACGUCCAUUGUCUGCAAGAUCACCUGCUGCAUCGGUGAAGAAAAAGUCCACUUGCAUGAAGACUGGUCGCCUGCAGCUUGCAUCUUUGUUGCAAAACUAGCCCCAGAAGAGAGGCAAGGCAAAGUCUUUUGUGCUCCCCUCCCCCAUCAAAGGAAAGGGGAAAAUGUCUCAGUCGAAAGGCAAGAAGCGAAACCCAGGGCUGAAAAUUCCCAAAGAAGCAUUUGAGCAACCUCAGACCAGCUCCACGCCACCGCGGGAUUUGGACUCCAAAGCCUGCAUCUCAAUUGGGGAUAAGAAUUUCGAAGUGAAAGCUGACGACCUGGAGCCUAUAGCAGAACUGGGACGAGGUGCGUACGGGGUAGUGGAGAAGAUGCGACACGUGCCUAGCGGGCAGAUCAUGGCGGUGAAGCGAAUCCGGGCGACAGUGAACAGUCAGGAGCAGAAGAGGCUCCUGAUGGAUCUGGACAUCUCCAUGAGGACGGUGGAUUGUCAUUUCACGGUCACCUUCUAUGGUGCGCUCUUCCGGGAGGGCGAUGUGUGGAUCUGCAUGGAACUUAUGGACACGUCCCUGGAUAAAUUCUAUAAGCACGUCAUUGACAAAGGUCUGACAAUUCCCGAGGACAUCUUGGGAAAAAUCGCAGUCUCGAUCGUAAAGGCACUAGAACACCUACACAGUAAGCUCUCUGUCAUUCACCGAGAUGUCAAGCCGUCGAACGUGUUGAUCAAUACCCUGGGCCAAGUGAAGAUGUGUGACUUUGGAAUCAGCGGUUACCUCGUAGACUCUGUUGCUAAAACUAUGGACGCAGGAUGCAAGCCUUACAUGGCCCCCGAGAGAAUAAACCCGGAGCUGAACCAGAAAGGAUACAGCGUGAAAUCCGACAUCUGGAGUCUGGGCAUAACAAUGAUCGAACUGGCCAUCCUGCGGUUCCCCUACGAUUCCUGGGGCACCCCGUUCCAGCAGCUCAAACAGGUGGUGGAAGAGCCGUCACCCCAGCUUCCCGUGGGCAAGUUCUCAGCAGACUUCGUUGACUUUACCUCACAGUGCUUGAAGAAGAAUUCUAAAGAGCGGCCAACAUACCCAGAACUCAUGCAACAUCUUUUUUUCACUCUACAUGAAUCCAAAGAGACAGAUGUGGCAUCUUUUGUAAAACUGAUUCUUGGAGACUAAACACCAAUGGACUCACUUGCAGUUGGCCCUCCUGUGGACUGGUGGGUUUGGGGGGAGAUGGUGAAGCUUCACUAAAGCACCAAUAGAAACUCAGCCUUGAGAUUGUUUUAACCCUGCCUUUUUUUUUUAAGGGUCUUGGAACCCAUAGUGUAUAGAGCGAACCGACUAGUUGAGAUGAAAUAUAGUACGGUUCAGACCCUUAUGACUUUAAAAAGCAAUGAAUAAGAUGAUUAAAUAUUUAAUGACCCAUUACAAGACUCCUUAACCUUCUCAGCCUUUUCCUCUUCCUGUCGAAAGAAAAUGCAUUUGCCCUGAAAAUAGGUGCUAUGGUAGUAAUGAAGUUGUAUGUAGAUUUGUA